AAAGAGAUGGCAACUUUUCUUUCCACGUGCGUUAUAAAAAAAAAACCAGGUUUUGCAUGAGAAUAUACAAACACGUUUAACAUUCUUCCUCGUGCGUAAUUCAUUUUCUCUAGUAUAAAUCUUUGUGAUCAUAAGCAAAUCGAAAAGUUAAUCUCAUAAUUUUAUAAAAAGAAAAAAACAAGACAUGGAAUUGAAGGAAGCAUCAAUGGCGGCCACGGAAAAGAGAAAGGCGGGGAGAAAAAAGUUUCAGGAGACAAGACAUCCUGUGUAUAAGGGAGUCAGGCGAAGAAAUGGGAAGUGGGUGUGUGAAUUAAGACAUCCUUGUAAUAACAAAUCAAGAGUCUGGUUAGGAACUUUUGAAUCUCCGGAAAUGGCGGCUAGGGCUUACGAUAUAGCGGUUUCUGCACUGAGACGGAAUCUUGAUUCUGAUUCUUUCAACUUUCCUGAAUCGGCUCAUUUAUUGCCUCAGCCUAGGUCUACUUCUAUUAAGGAUAUUCAAAUUGCAGCUCUUGAAUGUUCUUCUUCUUCUUCUUCUUCUUCUUCUCCGUCUUCGUUUUCUAGUUGUUCCAUCGCGGAACGAAGUGAAGAAGAUAGGAAUGUGAAUGUGAAUGUGUUAAUGGAUGAAGAGGAGGUGUUUAAUAUGCCUGCAUUACUUGAUAGUAUGGCAGAAGGCUUGAUUCUUACUCCACUAGCUAUGAAAAAAGGGUUUAAUUGGAAUGAUGUGGAAGAUGACCCUGUUGAUUUGAUUCUUUGGAGUGAUUGAUCAUUACCUAUAUCAUGUUACAUAUAUAUUCAAAUAUAUUGAAAUCAUUAUCUAGAUAAGGGUUAAACUAUUUUGCGAUACCAAACUUUAUACCUUUUAUAUU